CCAAAAUACACUACAUAUAUUUAGUUCAAGUAAAUUGCUUUGGCAAUUGUUCCGCCCUCUAUAUUAUUAAUAGAGUUAAAAAUUCAUUCAUCCGCUUUAUAUCGUUUGCAUAUGAUUAUACUUAUAGUUUCCUAGUGGAUAUUUUCUCAUAAACGAUUUCUCGCUUAUUGUAUUAUAUUAUCUUCAUCGAAAUGACGGAGUCAUCAAAAUGCUUAAAAGUAAAAAAGAAAUUCUUGGAUGCCCUUCAUGUCACAAGUAUGAAAAGUAUUCCAAGAAUCGUUAAAACAAGAAAUUCGUGUAUUAUGUCAAUGUGGAUUGUUGUUACAAUUCUGGUUAUUGGCAUUGCUUGUUACCAUAGUCAUAAUCUAAUAUCUGGCUACUUGGAAUAUGGAGUUUUUACCCGCAUUGAAGAAUCUCAUAAGAUUAUGAAGAGCAAUGAAUAUUUUCCAGCUGUAACUCUUUGUUCUCUGUCUCCUUUUAAAGAAUCAUCACAAACUAACUUUCCGACAUAUCAAGAUUUCUAUAAUCUCUUAAUGAAAAGACUUGAAGAGAGAAGCUUACAGAAUAAAACUCUCAAUGCCCAGCAAAUAGCCUAUUUAACUCAUAUUGCUACAUACUUUGACUGGUUAGGCAGGAAUAGAGCCAAAGAAAUAGGUCACGAGCCGUCAGUUUUACUUCUAAGUUGUAAAAUUACUAUGGCAGGAUUUGAAUCAUCCUCGAUUCCUUGUAAAGACUAUUCAAACAUUACGAUUGUUCAGAGUCCAACUAUGUUCAAUUGUUUAAAUAUUAAAUUUUAUAUUCCCUACGUUUUUAAUACCAUAAUUGAUAAAGUUAUACUAACAUUGUAUUUGGGUGAGAUGCCCCAAGAUUUCAAGUUUUACAAGGACAGAAAUGGAGUUUUAGGAGGUGAGGGUAUUAAACUUUUAGUUCACGAUAGGAACGAAGUAUCACCAAGAAUUCAAGACAUGGGCCUAAUAAUACCUAAAGGCAGCGAAGCUUUCGUUAUUACUCAACCAAUUUUAAGAAUAAGAAAGUCCACCCCUUAUACUGAUUGCGUUAGCGAGAAGGAUGUUACAUAUAACUACGACGGCGAUGAAGUAGACGCUUCUGCAAUAGCUCAUUGCGUAACAAAAACAUGGCAAAGUAUAGCUAUAAAUCUUUUUAACUGUACAUUAAGCGAAGUAGCUCUAGUGCCCAAAUUAGAAAAUUUGAAUCUAAAAAGAUGCAAGUACUUAUCACCAGACAUAAAUAUGAAUGAAUUGAAUGACGUGAUAUUAAAAAAUGACUUUUUUUAUAAUUUGACAGCAGCUAUUGAUUACAAAGGUGUGCCAAAAAGUAUAUUAGGACCAGAAAUAUUUUGUAAAGUAAGAUGUAGAGAGAAAUUUUACAGACAGACAUUGUCAACAAUUCCAUUGGAGAAAAGCUUGAUGUUUAACAUUUUAAAAAUGGCUGAUUAUAAGAACUCAGUUGAAAAAUUUAUAAAACAAACAUCAGGAUAUGAUUUAUGUAUUAAACAAAAUUAUUCUCAAACGGAAUGUUUAGCAAAAUCAACUAAAGUAUCUUAUCAGAAUUUAAUUCAAUUGCACAUUCAACAAGACAUUGCAAAAGGAGCAAUUAUAGAAAGAGAUACGCCUCAAUUCUCAAUCGGAGAUUUCUUAGCAAAAUUAGCGGCAGCUGUAAAUUUCUGGUGUGGAUUCUCAGUAAUAGUCGGAUUUGAAAUAAUAGAUUUUGUCUUACAAGUUUGUUAUUCCCUUUGCUCAGAUCGUAAGAAAAAAACUCCAGUUAACAAUUAUCAAUUAACCUGAAAGAUUUACAUAUAUAUGAAUAUACUG